AAAAAAAACCCAAGGGAUAGGGAAAAGAAUCUACUAUACUAUGUCUUCACUCUUCCCACUUUAUUUUCUCGGAAAAUGGAGCUAACCCUUUUCCUGGAAAGCCACAUUUUCCUGGGAAAAUCCAAGAUCUUAUAACCCAGAAGGAAGUUUGGCUUGUGGAGUGAGAAAAUGGAGGGAGAGACGGGAGAGAAGGGGAGUGUUUGUGGUUCUUCAGAGGGAGAUGUGAUUGGGGAGAUGAUGGAAGUGAUCGAGAAUGUGGGAUCGUACGUGGGGUUCAGGAGAACUCAGAGGAAGGAGAGUUUGAAUCUUGUGAGGAGGUUGAAACUGCUGGUGCCUCUUCUGGAGGAGUUGAGGGAGCUUGGGACUGCAGCAGUUUCAGGGGAGGCUUUGGGGUGUUUGGCUAGACUGAAAAAGGCACUUGUUUCUGCUAAGAAAUUGUUGAAGAACUGUAACUACGGAAGCAAGAUUUACCUGGCACAUGAGAGUGAGGCAGUGGCGGUUAGAUUUCAUGCUGUCUACGACAAAUUGAAUCAGGCAUUGGAUGAUCUACCCUACAAUGAUCUGGGAAUCUCUGAUGAAGUGAAGGAGCAAGUUGAACUAAUGCGAAUGCAACUCAAGAGAGCAAAAAGACGAACAGAAACACAAGAUAUAGAGUUAGCAAUGGACCUGAUGGUUGUAUUCUCGAAGACGGAUGACAGAAAUGCAGACACUGCGAUAUUAGAAAGACUUGCGAGCAAGUUGGAAUUGCGUACAGUUGCAGACUUGAAGGUAGAAACAGUAGCUGUUAGGAAACUUGUAAAAGAAAGAGCUGGGUUGAGUGCAGAGGCCAGUCAGCAAAUAGUAGAGCUUUUGGGAAAGUUCAAAAAACUGGCUGGGAUGGAGGAAUCCAGUGUGCUUGAUGGUCCAGUUUUGUCGAGAAAUCUACAGAAGUGCCCGUCUUUGGUGAUUCCUCACGAGUUCCUCUGUCCAAUCUCGCUGGAGAUCAUGACAGAUCCUGUUAUUGUUGCAACUGGACAGGUAAUUUCAUAUGAACUAUAUGAAAGUUUUUGCAUCAUUCUAGCUAUGUUAUCUACCGUAAUUCAAUCAGACAUUGUUUUUCCUGGCAUUUUAAAGACUUAUGAACGGGAAAGCAUACAGAAGUGGCUGGAUUCAGAUCAUCAUACCUGCCCAAAGACAGGACAAACUUUAGUCCACUUGUCGCUGGCACCAAACUAUGCCCUUCGCAACCUAAUUCUGCAAUGGUGCGAGAAGAACCAGUUUGAGUUGCCCAGAAAGGAUAUUAAAGCAGGCUCUAAUGGCUCCUCCAUUCAAGUCAAACAGAAAAUCUCUUCUUUGGUCCAAAACCUAUCAUCAUCUCAACCAGAUGUGCAGAGAAAGGCCAUUAUGAAGAUUCGGAUGCUAGCUAAAGAGAACCCAGAUAACAGAAUUCGUAUUGCCAACAGAGGAGGAAUCCCUCCUCUGGUUCAACUCCUGUCCUAUCCAGAUUCCAAGCUUCAAGAACACACUGUAACAGCCCUUUUGAACUUGUCAAUUGAUGAGGCAAACAAAAGACUCAUAGCUAGAGAAGGAGCCAUUCCAGCUAUAAUUGAAAUUCUGCAGAAUGGAACAGACGAGGCCAGAGAAAACUCUGCUGCAGCCCUCUUCAGCUUGUCAAUGCUCGACGAGAACAAAGUAAUGAUUGGGUCUUUAAAUGGGAUCCCUCCCUUGGUAAACCUCCUGCAGAAUGGAACAACCAGAGGGAAGAAGGAUGCAGCCACUGCCUUGUUUAACCUGUCACUCAACCAAUCCAAUAAGUCGCGAGCCAUCAAGGCAGGUAUCAUACCAGCAUUACUUCAUCUGCUUGAGGAUAAAAACCUGGGAAUGAUCGAUGAAGCUCUCUCAAUUUUACUGCUUUUAGUAUCACAUCCUGAAGGGCAGACUGAAAUUGGAAGGCUAUCGUUCAUUGUAACUCUGGUUGAAAUCAUGAAAGAUGGGACCCCAAAGAACAAGGAGUGUGCCACAUCAGUCCUCCUUGAGCUGGGUUUGAACAAUUCAUCUUUCAUUUUGGCUGCACUGCAGUAUGGUGUGUAUGACCAUCUGGUAGAGAUUAUGAGAUGCGGAACCAACAGAGCCCAGAGAAAAGCAAAUUGUCUUCUGCAACAUAUGUGCAAAUGUGAACACAUCCCAUGGAACUUCAAUGUAGGAGCCUAGCUACAUCAAUUCAUGUCAGUUAUGCCCUUUCAGAUACGCAUUUGCAUCACAAAGAAGUUUUAAGUGUAUAGGAAUGAUGUUAAUCUAACGAAUUUUGGUAUCAUGUAGUGUGAUUGUUUACAAGUAAAACCAAUUCUAUGAUGUAUUGAAGAAACAAAGUAUCGCAAUACUAUAGUAUCUACAGUCAUUUUUCUACAA